AUGAAAUAUUUUUUUUUUUUUUUUUUUUUUUUUUUCGAAAUAUCUUUGAUUAUAAAAGUAUGUAAUGGGAUAAACAAAAAUAGUUGCAUUGGGUCUCUUAAUUUUGAGAAUAUAAAAAAUUGUUUUCCAUCAUUUUUUUCAAAAAUAAAAAGAAAAAGAUAUAACAAUUUGGAAAGUUAUAAUUUUUUAAAAACACACUUAAAAAAAAAAAAAUAUAUAUAUCACUAUUUAUAUGGGCCCAAACUGUCUGUCUUAAAUAGAUAUUCAAUUGUAAAUACAAGAAAUGGAAAAGAACCCAAAUUGUCGAAUCGCAUAGAAAAUGGCGAAGAACCCAAAUUGCCGAAUCGCAUAGAAAAUGGCGAAGAACCCAAAUUGCCGAAUCGCAUAGAAAAUGGAGAAAAAAACAAAUUGCCGAAUCGCAUAGAAAAUGGCGAAGAACCCAAAUUGUCGAAUCGCAUGGAAAAUGGAGAAAAAAACAAAUUGCCGAAUCGCAUAGAAAAUAACGAAUUUAGCAAAAGUGAAUGUUGCAGCAAAAAGAUAAAAGAAAUUUUUGAUUAUGUAAACACAAAUGAGGAAAAUAAAAAGGGAAUAAUUAUAACGACUCCAAUUUAUUAUGGAAAUGAUAAGCCUCAUAUCGGACAUGCAUAUUGUAAUGUUUUAGUUGAUACAAUAUAUCGAUUUGAAAAAAUAAAAAAUGAAGAAAAUAAAAAAAAAAUAAUUUUUUUUUCUGGUAUGGAUGAACAUGGUUUAAAAAUAGACAAUAAAACUAAAGAGUUAAAUAUGGAUAAAAAUAAAUAUUUAAAUAAUAUUUCUAAUUUUUAUAAAAAAAUGAAUGAAAUGUUAAAUGUAGACAUAAAUUUAUUUUAUAGAACUUCAAAUUUAUUUCACAAAACAUUUGUUCAGAAUAUUUGGAAAUAUUUAUUAAAUAAGGGAUAUAUAUAUAAGGAUGUAUAUAGAGGAUAUUAUAGCAUAAAUGAGGAAAGAUAUUUAAGUGAAAUGGAAGUCGAGAAAAUGGAAAAUCAAAAAAAGGAAAAAAAAGAAAAAGGCGAAAAAGACGAAAAAAACAUCGCUACGAGUAAUAUCAUCUAUAUUGAAGAAGAGAAUAGCUACUUUUUUAACAUAAACAAAUUUAAAGGUUUUUUAAUUAAUUUUUAUAAAAGUAAUGAAAAUAUAAUAUCACCUUCUUAUUUAAAAAAAGAGAUAAUGUAUCAUAUUCAAAAUGAUUUUAAAAAUAUAUGUAUAAGUCGAUACAAUACCGAAUGGGGAAUUCCAAUACCAGAUGAACAAAAAGGAACAAUAUAUGUAUGGUUUGAAGCAUUAUUAUCAUAUAUAUCUUCAAUUGCUUAUGUUAUAAAAUUGUAUUAUAAUUCAAAAGAUGAAAAUUUUGAUUUAAAAAAUAUAACACAAAAUGAAGAAGGAAUAUUAUGUACUUAUAACGAUAUUUUAAAUUUAGUAGAUACAUAUAACGAUUUGAAUAAUUUUGAAAAUAAUAAAAUAAAUUUAUCUAAUUCAAAAAUGGAUGAUAAAAAUAAUAUUAGAAAUUUAUUUAAAAAAAUUUGGAAUCCUUAUAUUCAAGUUAUAGGAAAAGAUAUAUUAAAAUUUCAUGGCAUUUUAUAUAUAUGUCUAUUAAAUAGUUUAGGAAUAAAAAUUCCUGAAAAUAUAUUAUGUCAUGGAUUAAUAAAAAAUGAAAAUAAAAAAAUGUCAAAGAGUUUAAACAAUAUUAUAAGUCCAUUUACACUUUUAGAAAAAUAUAAUAAAGAUGUUAUUCGAUUAUAUUUUAUUGGAAGUGGAAAUAUAUAUGAUGAUAGAAAUUUUAAAGAAAAAAAUUUGGAAAAUUUUGAAUUUUUUCUUAGAAAUUCAGUUGGAAAUUUAUUAUAUAGAAUUGUUUCAUUAUGUAUUGAAAAUAAUUAUAAAAUUAUAAAAAAAAAUAAUUUAUAUAAUUUUACUAUUUUAAACGAAUUUAAAAAUAGCAAAACAUAUUUAAUAAAAUUAUUUAAUAAUAUGGAAUAUCCAUUAUUAUUAGAAAAAUUAAUUAUGUUUAUAAAAAAAAUAAAUAAAUUUUAUACUUAUAAUGAACCAUGGAAAAUAAUAAAUAAUUCUACAAAAUUUAAUUUUAUUAUAUAUGAAAUAUUUGAAUCUAUUAAAUUUUUUUCUAUUUUUAUGUAUCCAUUUAUUCCAAAUAUUAGUUUGUCUAUUUUGAAAAAUAUAGGUUUUGAAUCAAUUGAUAAUGAUUCUAUUUCUAUAAAUAUGUUGGAUAAUCAAACGGACAAAUUUGUCUUAACAAGUUUGAUAAAAAUUGUAUAA